CAAAAAAAAAAUAGAAAAAGAGAGCUGAGGCUGCCCUGAGCUCAGCAAUAGAUAGCUGUUCUGCCGGGAUGCCCUGGACAGGGAGCCUGCCUUUGCUCCUAUGGGUGCUAGUACCAGGGAUCCUCCUUUUGGGACGGGGGCAGGAAUUCCCAGAUUAUUCCUAUGAUCUGGAGGAGGUGGAGGAAAACAUUGAUUACAAGGACCCCUGCAAAGCUGUUGCUUUCUGGGGAGACAUUGCACUGGAUGAGGAGGAUUUGGCAAACUUCAAGGUGGAUAGAAUUAUUGACCUAACAAAACACACCAUUUCAACAGUUGCAAGAAAUAGUUCAGUACCCAAGACGAGAAGACAUUCAAAACAUGGCAGAAGGCAUCACCGUGGCAAGCGUGCAGCUACCUCGCGGCCAGAACGAGUGUGGCCUGAUGGGGUCAUUCCUUAUGUUAUCAGUGGGAACUUCAGUGGCAGUCAGCGAGCAAUAUUCCGGCAGGCCAUGCGUCAUUGGGAGAAGCAUACAUGUGUCACCUUCUUAGAAAGGACUGAUGAGGACAGUUACAUUGUGUUCACGUUCAGACCAUGCGGAUGCUGCUCAUAUGUAGGCCGACGCGGAGGGGGGCCCCAGGCUAUCUCCAUAGGGAAGAACUGUGACAAGUUUGGAAUUGUGGUCCAUGAAUUGGGGCAUGUGAUUGGAUUCUGGCAUGAACACACCAGGCCAGAUCGUGAUGACCAUGUGUCGAUCAUCAGGGAGAACAUCCAGCCGGGACAGGAGUAUAACUUUCUGAAAAUGGAGCAAGAGGAGGUGGAAUCUCUUGGGGAAACGUAUGAUUUUGACAGCAUUAUGCACUAUGCACGCAACACCUUCUCCAGGGGAAUUUUUCUGGAUACCAUUCUGCCAAAAUACGAUGUUAAUGGAGUGAGACCCCCCAUAGGACAAAGAACACGGCUCAGUGCAGGAGACAUCGGUCAGGCCAGGAAACUGUACAAAUGUCAAGCUUGUGGGGAAACUCUGCAGGACAGUCAAGGGAACUUUUCAUCCCCUGGAUUCCCCAAUGGAUACUCUGCAUACAUGCACUGUGUGUGGCGACUGUCAGUCACUCCCGGAGAGAAGAUCAUUCUUAAUUUUACCUCUCUGGAUCUGUACCGAAGCCGUCUCUGCUGGUAUGAUUAUAUCGAGGUUAGAGAUGGAUUUUGGAAGAAAGCCCCCCUAAGAGGUCGUUUCUGCGGUGAUAAGAUUCCAGACCCCAUCAUCUCUACAGAAAGCAGAUUAUGGAUUGAGUUCCGAAGCAGCAGCAACUGGGUGGGAAAAGGAUUCCAAGCUGUAUAUGAAGCACUUUGUGGUGGAGACGUGAAGAAGGACUCUGGUCAUAUCCAAUCUCCCAAUUACCCUGAUGAUUACAGACCAAAUAAAGCCUGUGUGUGGAAGCUCAUUGUGGCCGAGGGGUUUCAUGUGGGAGUCUCUUUUCAGUCGUUUGAGAUUGAGCGCCAUGACAGCUGUGCAUAUGAUUAUCUGGAGAUCCGGGAUGGCAGCACAGAAACCAGCCCUCUGGUAGGUCGCUUCUGUGGAUAUGACAAGCCAGAAGAUAUCAAGAGCUCAACCAAUCAGCUAUGGAUAAAGUUUGUGUCUGAUGGUUCCAUCAACAAGGCUGGUUUCUCUCUCAACUACUUCAAAGAGGUAGAUGAAUGCUCUCGUCCUAAUAAUGGAGGCUGUGAGCAACGCUGCGUGAACACGCUAGGGAGCUACAAAUGUGCAUGUGAUCCGGGAUAUGAACUGGGACCAGACAAGAAGACUUGUGAAGCGGCCUGUGGGGGUUUCCUGACCAAGCUGAACGGAUCCAUUACCAGCCCGGGAUGGCCCAAGGAGUAUCCUCCCAACAAGAACUGCGUCUGGCAGCUGGUGGCGCCCACCCAGUAUCGCAUCUCACUCAAGUUUGACCAAUUUGAGACGGAAGGCAAUGAUGUGUGUAAAUAUGACUUUGUGGAAGUCCGCAGUGGUUUGACAUCUGACUCCAAGCUCCAUGGAAAGUUCUGUGGCUCUGAGCUACCCUCAGUGAUAACCUCCCAGUACAACAAUAUGCGCAUAGAGUUUAAAUCUGACAACACAGUGUCCAAGAAGGGUUUCCGAGCUGUCUUCUUCUCAGAUAAGGAUGAGUGUUCCAGAGAUAAUGGGGGUUGCCAGCAUGAGUGUACCAACACAAUGGGCAGCUAUACCUGCCAGUGUCGAAGUGGCUUCACUCUGCAUGAGAAUAUGCAUGACUGCAAGGAGGCCGGCUGUGACCACAAAAUCACCGGAAGCAUUGGUACCAUUUCUAGCCCUAACUGGCCCGACAAGUACCCCAGUAAGAAAGUAUGCACAUGGCAAGUUGCAGCCACCCCUGGGCACCGUGUUAAACUGACUGUGAACGAGCUGGAUCUGGAGUCCCACCAAGAGUGCCAGUACGAUCAUGUUGAAGUUUUUUCUGGCUUAGAUGCCCAAUCUCCUGUUCUGUCACGUUUCUGCGGCAAUAAAUUACCAGAUCCAGUGAUUUCGAAUACCAGCUCAAUGUUCCUUAAGUUUGUGUCGGACAACUCUGUGCAGAAGCGAGGAUUCCUUGGAGAGUUUUCAUCAGUGUGUGGAGGGACCCUGCAAGCUAUAGUCCGCACUCAGGACUUGUACUCUCAUGCAAAAUUCGGAGAUGACACACACCCUUCAGCUGCAGAAUGUAUUUGGCAUGUGGUAUCUGAGGCAGGGUAUGGUGUGGAGCUGGUUUUCCAGAGUUUUGAGCUUGAGGAAGAACCAGAGUGUGGAUAUGAUUACAUGGAACUGUAUGAUGGACCAGAUGAGACAGCCCCCCGGCUAGGGAGAUACUGCGGGUCAGGGCCCCCUGAGGAGGUGUAUUCUGCCGGAGAUUCCUUGACCAUAAAAUUCCAUUCUGAUGAUACAAUUAAUAAGAAAGGAUUUCACGUGCGAUACACCAGCACUAAAUUUCAGGACACUCUACAUGCUCGAAAGUGAUGAUCCUUAAAAAAAGAUGCCUCUUGCACCAGGACAAUGUCUGUUUGCAGGGACUCCUUACCUGCAAGACCAUAAAAUUCAAUUUGUGAGGGCGAUAUCUUGACCCCUCACCAAAUAGGACAAGGGACACACAAGCGACUCAGGGAUGUAAAUGGGUGCAGACUUGCAGAGACAGAUGCAAAAAUAUUCACUGCUUAAAACAUGCAAUAUAAAAAAAGUAUACUGGCCAACAAAAAUCUUCGCACAGAAGCUUUGCCCUAGUUAUGCACAGAUACAGACAAUGCCAGAUACACACACACACUCUCUACCUCGCCCAUUGACCAUCUGUAUUAGCAUGUAGCUACACAUUAAAAAGACCAUGCUGACUAAUACAUACGUACACAAACCUCUAUUCUGAAUAAAAAAAUAAAGCCUGCUCACUACAUACACACAGCUUUACACAUAAACCAUGUGCAUAAUACAUUCCUGCUUAACAGUCUUGUGUAUUUAUACACAUUUUUAUGAUACAAGCACUUGCAUGCUGCUUAUACAGGUUCUGUGCCAAGUGUUGGCUAGUAUACAAUACAGUUUUACUUUAAAUCUUUUUUUUUUUUUUUUUUUCUCCCUCUAAUGGCAAUUUUUUUUUCUCAAAGGCUAUAUUUUACAUACAGCAAAUCAUUAUUCGAUGAUUGCCUUUAACCUUUUAUAUGUCUUGUGACCCUUCACCCUAGAUACACAAAUAUUGAUUUAACCAAUAAAAAGGCCCAAGGUUUUUUAAGAAUAUUUUAAAAGUGACCAAUCUAAUUGUAGACCCAAAUCCCUCCAUUAUAGUUUAAAUUUGUUUACAACAGAGAGAGUUUUCAGCCUUGUUUUCUCUACACAUAACUCUGCUUUGUGCCUGUACCUAACGUGGCAUAUGCGUCUGACCACUUAUUUUCUUAUUUUAUUUUUUCACUGCAUUGUCCUGUUUGUAUUGCCCUUAAAGGUAUCAGGAUUUUAUUCACACCCUUCAUCUUCUUUUGUACACACACUUUUUUAGUGAAAGUCUCCAGAAUGAUUGUUAGUGUAAGAUAUGGACUCAUUAAAUAUGGCCACUACUGUGAAUUUUGAUUGUCCAGGUGUUGUUGGGUUCAUUUUGAGCUACAAGGGCUCAAUUUAAGGGCAUUGAUGAAAGCCUAUGACAGCUCAGCAAGUCUGAGUGCUUCCUCACCGUUACGUAGCCUUCAGUUGGGUAGACGGGAAAGGGAUAGGAUUAUAAUCAAUAAUUAUGGAUGCGCUAAGUCAUACACAUUUAUUAAUUCGAUUAACAAGAAUAACUGUUAUAAAUACAGAACUGGAACAACAAGCCAAAGUAAAUCUUUUGUUUGGGUCUGUGACGUGAUUACAGUCUGAGCUAUGCUGAAUGGAAUCUUUGAUCUGAUUUAUGCGGGACACAUUUUCUUGUAGCUUGUUGUUGCUAAAAACUGUCCUAAAGUAGUAAAAUGCAAUACAUAUAUAUCUAUGACUGGAAAUUUCCACUAAUAACACACUAGUAAGAAUUGAAUGGACUUUUUCCCUAACUAGUAAACCCUAGUGAUGUUUUCCACUCCUACAUAUGUCAAAUAUAAAAAGUAAAAUCAUGUAUAUUCUUCCUCCUAGCAGAUUCUCUUCCUGUGGCUCUUAAGAAACAAGUCAUUUAUUUUUAGACACUUGUAGAUAGAUCUGUUGCGAGUCUGCUGCGGAAUUAAUAUAUGUGUAAAUGACACAAUAUAAUGUAAGUUAAAACUGAGCUAUCUAGUCUCAAGUAGGGAUGUGCAAUCAGAUUUGAAUGCUGAAGAUGGUGGACGCGUCACAUUUAACAAUUUUCAAAGCCGAAUUUGUUCUUGUGAAAGUGCAACGCACUAAGAUGUGGGCAAAUCCAGAUCUUAGGGUGUGGCACUUUCACAAGAAUAAAUCCAGCUCCUAAAAAAUGGAUGAAUGCAAAUACGCAUUUUGUGUUCUGUAUCAGUGUGAAUUUAAAUAAAUAAAAAAAUGCAUCACUUCUGUUCAAGAUUGGCACCUUGAGCACUGAUUUUGACAAAUACUGAGCAAAUAGGUCAUGCAUACGCGCUAAACGUAUGUUCAAAGACUUAAUUUGUGGGCAUGUAAAAGGCUCAGUCUUUAAAUAAAUAAUUUUAUGCUGCUUGAA